AUGACCAACCCUCCAAGGGUUUCGAUGCCAAAAGGAUCUUCUCUCAAAAUGAAGGCUCAAUAUCUUCCAAAACAAUCCACAGGACAAGGUUGCUCCCAGUCAACCUCUGCUAUCACCCAGGAUAAUGACUUCCAUUCCCAGGAUGCAUUUUCUUUCUCUCCAUUCUGUGCUUCCAACAAUCUGCCUGAUGUCAACCAAUGGACAUAUAUGAGCUCUAGUUCUAGCACUACGAGCGAUACCACAGAUGAAUCGUUUGAAACUGGCUCAAUGUCAGUAACAGAACCAGACAUCUCCAAUUCCCAGGGUUUUCCAUUUUCUUCCUUUCGUCAUCCUGUGAUGUCAGGUCAUGUCAGCUCUUUGGACCACCACACUGCCAGUUAUUCCUCACUUUCAGAUAUCCAUAAUAUGCAAGAUACGACAGAAUCAGGAAACAGUCCACAAUUGACAUUUAGCAGUCUGCAAGGAUACCAGUCCGUCUUUGUUUUGCCAUUUGAGAAUGAUGUAUCUCAGCCAAAUACCCAUGGCUGUAACCAGGAAGACUCGAAGCAGCUGCGACUUGGAUCCGUUGAAAUGGAAGAUACCGAAAUGUUUACUGGUGCACGACCAUACGACCAGUUGCCAAUAGAUUCAGAUACUUUUUCUGUGGGAUCUACGAGCCAAGUGUCAGAUCUUUUCGGUCACGCUCCUAUUACCCCACCUUUGACCGAUGGAAGCAAUGAUACCUCUGUGUCCUCAACAUGUUCACAGACAAGCUAUCCUCCAUUUCCCGGACAAGAAGAGGAUGGCAUGUUUGUCGAUAUGUCAAGUUCCGUUUCUCCUAAAAGUUUCAAUCUUGGAGACCCUCUCUACCGUUUCACACCCCCCAGCAAACAGGACCCGAACAGAACCAUUAGGGCUUCAAAGCAAAGCCAACGACCGCUGCUAUCCGCUGCAGGUUCCCGGCCAAGGAAGACGGAACAAAUUUUGUUUUCUCUCUCCAUGGGACAAAAUCAAAGAUAUAAUGACGGCCAGGAUGCCAGGGGCCCUAGGGAUCACCCGUUUUAUUCCAUGUCAACACAAGCUGAUGGAAAAUACCACUGCCCUUUUGAAAAUGAUGAGAAGCCCUGCACUCAUCCACCAACCACCCAAAAAUGCGCUUAUCAUAAAUACGUUGAUUCUCACCUGAAGCCAUACCGGUGUAAAGUUAACCAAUGUGUGGAUGCCCAUUUCUCCUCAAAUGCUUGCCUCUUCCGCCAUGAACGGGAAGCACACGGAAUGCAUGGCCAUGGAGAGAAUCCCCAUCUCUGCCGCUUCGCAACCUGCGAGCGCUCUGUUCCCGGAAACGGAUUCCCCCGCCGCUGGAAUCUCCAUGAUCACAUGAAGCGAGUGCAUGAUUAUACUUCAUCUGAGAGGGCUAAUUCAACAGAAGAGGCCCCAGUGGUUGGCCAACCAUCCAAGAAGAAGGAUUCUGCAGCCCGCAAAAGAAAAGGAGCCAAAGCCACGACCAUGAAGAAAGUUCGAUCCACUCCGUCACAACCAACGGCUUCCGCAAAGGCAGCGCAAACACAGGCUCAACAGGGACAGCAACUCCAAAAUGCCGAGCGAAACUACUACAACUGCCUUCUGCGGCUACGAGAGGAUUUGAACAACAUCAACCCCCAGAACCCGAGUCUGCAUGACAAGGCAAAUGCCAGUUUGCAGGAGCUCCACACUCUUGCCCUUAAUUACCGCUGCAUUCGCGCUAGCCAAGCUGCGACUGAGCGAUCAUCGGGAUACUCUCGAUGA